AUGCGAUGUGACCUGUGUAAGACCGCUGUGGCUCAGAUGCACUGUGAUACAUGUCUUGUCAACCUGUGUACAGCUUGUGUUGGUAAACACUUCUCUGCUGAUCUCUCAAUACCUCAUAAAAUUGUUGCUUUUCAUGAUAGAAAAUCCACUCUCUUCUACCCUGGGUGUAAAAUUCAUGUCCAAGAACGAUGUAAAAUGUACUGUAAACAAUGUGACAUUCCUGUCUGCGUUAGCUGCCUUGCAUCAAAGCAACAUUUAAGUCAUGAAUUAUCUAAACUUUUGGAAGUUUUCAAUAACAAAAAGGAAAUGAUUAAAAAAGAACAAAAUGAAUUAAAUGAUACAAUUUAUCCAACCUACCAGGACAUUGCCUCUGAUGUACAAAACAGAAUGAGUCAGUUACAAAAGGAAUAUGGAGAUCUCUCAACAGCCAUAACAAAACAUGGAGAGGACUGGCACAGAGAAAUUGACAAACUUGUCCAGAAACUUAAAGCGGAAGUUGAUGAGAUGAAAAACACACAGUUACAAACUCUACAGAAACAUUUGGAUGAAAUAAUGAAGAAAAUUUCUGACAUCAAAGAAGAAAUUGAUUUAAUGGAAAUUGCUACAGACACUAAUGACUUGUCAAAACUGUUCAAUAUAACAUCCAGUGUAGAUAUAUACAGAAAUCUUCCAAACAAAAUUGUUCCAUCUUUACCCAAAUUCAUUCCAGAAAAAAUCCAAAAGGAAGACCUUUGUAAACUAUUUGGAUCAUUGUCAUCAAGUUCUUUUACUUCAGAUGAACAUGGCUACAGCAUGAAGACAACACAGAAAUCACCAGAAGCUGGAUCCUCUCCUCCAGUCAAACAGCUGCUUGAUGAACCAGAGACUGUUACUACCAUAGACACUGGGUAUAGAGAACUUUACAAUGUGGUCUGUCUGAGUGAUGAAGAAAUCUGGACAAGUGGAAAUGACAACACCAUGAAACUCUACAACAUUAAUCAGGGAUCACUACUCAAGUUAAUCAGAACCAAGUCAGGGAACAGACCAUUUGACAUAGCAGUGACAAAAAGUGGAGAUCUAGUUUAUACUGAAUACAGAGAUAAAUCUGUGAACAUUGUGAAGAAUAAGAAGAUAGAGGAGGUGAUCAGACUACAGAACUGGCUACCUCAGGGUGUGUGUAGUACCUCCUCUGGUGACCUCCUGGUUAUCAUGAACAGUGAUGAUAACAUACAAACAAAAGUUGUCCGUUAUUUUGGCUCCACAGAGAAACAAACCAUUCAGUUUGAUGAUCAAGGUAAACCACUUUAUUCAUCAUCAGGAAGUAUUUUUAUAAUUGAAUAUCAAAACAUUAUUGAGAACAGGAACCUGGAUAUCUGUGUGUCUGACACAGGAGCUAAUGCAGUAGUGGUGGUCAAUCAGGCCGGGAAACUGAGGUUCAGGUACACUGGACAUAUUCCUGCUGCAAAGAACGAAUCAUUCCGUCCACUAGGAAUCACCACAGACAGUCAGAGUCACAUCCUUACAGCUGAUUGUGACAAUGACUGUGUCCACAUUAUAGACCAAAAUGGACAGUUCCUCCGUUACAUAAACUGUGGAUUGUGUGUAACUUGGGGACUGUGUAUAGAUACAAAUGACAAUCUGUUUGUUGCUCAAUGUGGAAAGAAACAAGUGAAAAAAAUCAAAUAUUUGCAGUAAAUUACAUCACAUUGUUACAAUAAAACUAC